CAUCAUUCAGCACUUUUUUACCAGAAAAAGACAGAUGGUUAAAGUAAGUUCUGAAGCUGAAGUCUUUUUGCAAUACUUAGGCCUAAGCCUACUUAUCUCGACAGAUUUUUUUCAUACUUUUUUCUCAUUUAGUCCUGGCUUUGACCAAGCAGGGCCAGGGAGCAGGCCCAAACUUUCACUUAGGACAACAAGUUGUUGGGGCCUUAGAAGUUCCUGUAACGUUAGACAUAUUUUACGUGUCCAAGAAGAUGGCAGCAGAGAUGAAGAAGCACACUGACAACAGCAACGGGUCGAAAGAAAAAAUCCCACUAAACCAGACAGUGUUAAGCUCAGUGAGUGCAGUAGUUGAAGAAUCAUUUCAGGAGGCAUCUGCAGCUGCCAGAUUCCAGAAUUAUGUCGGGACAGCAUUCUUCAAUGACACUAUUCGACCAUGUCAAAGAGAACAGAUUCUUGUAGCUGUCCGUGAGGUUAUUGGUAACUUGUUUUGGCAAGCAUGUGUUGCAGCCAGGGCCCAAAUGAGGGUUGAAGAUCAGUCUUUUGUCAAGGGUGUCAAAUGGAGAAAUGACAUUGAAGAAGACACAGUGGCCAAGAGUUCUCAUGCUAGCCAAUCAUAUGGACAUGCUGUUGGUAACUCAACAGCUUCCGAACAAGGCUGUUGGUCAUCAAGUUUGUUCCAACUCAACAGUGUGUCCAGAUUGUCAUGUGAAGAAUCUCUACAGACGGAAGAAACUUCAGUUGCCAUGGAAACAUUCAAACCACUGUCUACUGAAAUAACAGAUCCAAAUGAAAUGGCAAGAGAUGAUCUUAAGCAGUUGCGGUUUUUGAGAACAGUUAGUGAGAAGCCAAUAUUCCAAGAUAGCAGAGAGUCCAAAAAUGGACAGUGCAUUACUAAAAGGGUUGAUGAUAGGGAAGUGUCACAAGACAGUAAAUCCAAGACUGUGAGCAACUCUCUUAUGGGACAAAAAGAUGCACUGGACUGCUUCAAGGGUCAAGAAAUGAGUGCUCCUUGGUCUGCAGUAUCUUUUGUUGUCUCAAGUGUGGCUACUCCAAAGGAUGAUAUCUCUCCAGAUCUUGCCCAGUCCCGUCAAGAUGAACCACUCUGCAAGAUACUAAAACUUGAUGAGAAGUCCUGCAGAAACUGCAGCAUUAUUUCCCUCAAAAGUGAUACCGACAGGGAAUGGGACCAGCCAACUUUAAAGUCAUCAGAGAACUUCAACAGUUGCUAUGAUCGAAAGUCAGACAAAGCUUUGCGUUCAACUCCUUUGACUUUAGCAGCAAGGGAAGAAACCCCAGUUCCUGAUGAAUGUUUUGAAGAUACAAGCAGCAAAGGAAUUCAGGCACUUUCUUCAGUGAUUGAUAUCUCUCAGAAAAACGUCACAUGUCGAGACGAGAAGACUGGAGAGCACAUACCUAAUGAUAUAUCAAUUAAAGAGGAGACAAGUGAGGUAGACUACGAGAUGCCUGCUACGAGAAUGGCACUCCAAGAUGUUGGACAAAAGUUACAGCUCACCCGGGAGAAUGAAGAAGAUAUGCACACUGGACAACCUGAUCCAUCAGCAGAGUUGGAUAAGAAAAUAGAUUUUUCACUUGUGUAUGAAACCGUCCCACCUGAGCCAACUCGUCCAAUUGAUGAUGACUAUAAGCAUUUGGCUGCUGAGAAAAAACAGGCAAGUGAUGCAGAUUGGAUCAAACUCGAAGGUCCAUCAGAGCAGAUAACCGAAGAAGUUUUGCCUGAAAAUGGCCCCAAAAGAGGAAAUGUUAAACCCACCAAUGAUCAGAUGGUGCCAAGUUUGCUGGAAGAGGAUGGGGAUAAAACCCCAGAAGACAGAGCACACGAGCUGUAUGCUGAUGAUGAUGAGGAAGUUUCCAUUGAGGUGAAACACAGGGAGGCUGACGUUACAGGGACUUCAUUAUCUCCCACACCAAGCUCAACUCUUAAUGAAGUAAAUGAAGAGCAAUUAAAUGAAGAGGUGUCAGGUGGAACUAAAGACAGGAGCAAUGCAGUGCCAAUUGGAAAUCAGCUUGUACCACAAACGUCAACUGGGAUUUUUCAGUGGAGACAUGGAAUUUCUUAUGAAAAUCAACAGCCAGCCAGUAGCAGGUCACCUCUAGGCUCACUCGACCAGCAGACAGUUCCCGACUUGGAGUGGAGACCAUCACCACUGCCUGCUUGUAAUCGAAAGAGAAGACUUGGUCUGUCCAGGAGACAGCGAGUCAGUCAUCUCCAUCAUAUCAACCAUCUGCCCUGCCAAAAUACAAGGCCAAGCCCUAACACAGGGCACGAAGAGUAAUGGUCUGUGUUGUCAAGCUUGGGUGAGUAAAAUUAGGAGUGCUGAAAUGGCACAGAAGGGUUUGAUAACAUUUGCAUUUUAUGGCAUCUGAACUCCAGGUAGACAACCUGAACAUUCACAAAAUUGGCACCUCAAGUUUGGACACAUUAGGGCUUCAUACUUCACCAAUUGCCACACAAAUGCACUCAGAGCGUUACCAUCAUUGCAUGCAGAAUCCAUGUUGUGUUCAGGUUAGAGGAGCUCAUUGUUUUAACCAUCUAUCUCUGAGUGGCAUCAGAGAAUUCAGGAAGACUUACAGUCACCAGAUACUCAAGGGAUUUCCUUUCAAAAGAGUAACAUUUAUGAACGUUUGUAUUAUUUUGCUUUUCAAGUAUGCCUUUGAUGUUUGUAAGAGAUCAUGGUCACAUGCUAACUCAAGCAAGGGGAUUCAAUUCAGCAAAAGUUCACACACUGGAGAAAAGGAGACAUUUUCAAGUGAUGCAAACUAGGUUUGAUGGAUAAAAGUCGAUUCAGUGUAACAUUUUUUCAGAUUUUUUUCGUUUGUUUUUAAUCUGAUUUUUGAGCAGGAUUCCAGCUAUUUGCAAGCUACUGAAAGCACUCGUCAGCACAUAUUACCAAGUAGUUUUUACACAGGUAGAAACAUCCGUGAUCUGCAUAAAUUAACUUUUUGGGUGAUAUGUUCACACAAGGCUUACCAUUACAAAAAUCUGGAACCUCAACAAUGAAACAGGAAAUAUCAGUGAUUUUCCUGGCACACAGAUGAGGGAAGUGAAUCCAAAAAAUCCUUUUACUUUUAAUCAGUUCUACUUCUGUUUAGUUGAUGAACAGAUAUCCUCAUGAUAAGGAUUUGAAAAUAUUCGUAUUCCUUCCUGAAACGUAGUUGAGGAAAAGUGUCCUUGAAUUGAAAGAGUCUUAUACCCUCGAAGAGAAGCAUUCCUUUUUAGUUAAUGCUAGUUUAUUUGGCAUUUGUCUUAAUGUUAUUCAAAACAUGAAAAGAAAUUGAAACAUUGGUUACUUGUGCUGAAAUACUUCACAUCCUUUAAGUUUUCUCAAUGUUCAUUAUUUAAAUAUUUAUGAAUCCGUAUUUACAUAUAUAUUUUAGAUCCUUAUUUAUGCCCAACUUAUACAAACACUCUCCAGUGUUGUUAGAAGAUACACUGACGUUAUUGAUGUUCAUUGUGGCGUAGAUAUAAGACAGUGAAACGGCAGUGACAAGGUAGAAAGGGGUGCCAAGUUCUACAGACAUUGUAAUAAGUUGUAAAACAGCCAUCAUAAUUGUCACUGAAGGCUGUUUCUCGUCAUCGUGAUUGUCAUCACUGGUGCUAUCACCAUCUUUUUCUCGUUAUCCUUAUAACUUGUCUUAUUAUUAUAAUUAUCUUAAUCCUCACCAGUGGUAUAAAUUUGUGCAUGGGACGGGGGGGGGUCGGGGAGGAGAAAGAGAUGACGUAAAUAAAAAAAUUGUCCGGCCAUGGAAAUUUGAAAAAGGGAGGGGGGGAGGAUACAAUGUGACACUUCUUUGGGGAGCUGUUCAUGAUGCAUUACACUAACGCCCCUGCAGGAGCUUUACCUCAGCGUAUUUAUUGAUUUUUUCUUUUCAUUUUUCACCCAUCAUUCAGUACUGAUAAAUACAUUUUGGUUGUUGGGAAGUGUGAGGAAUUCCCGCCAAAUCCCCCUUAAUUCUUUCUCAUUAUGAAAAAGUGGGACAAUGAUUCGAUAACCCAUCCCCUGGUCAACAUAGUGCAGGGAUAUCUUUCCCCCUACCCCCCCCCUUCUCCGCUGGGAUUUACGCCCCCAACCCUCACCACAGUUAUCAUCAGGUUGAUAUGUUUGUCACUGCACUCCGUAUACCCCCCGUCAUCAACAUGCAUGUACCAGGCAACAGUAAUGGCUGCUGCGGUAAAAGUGGAGCACAUGAAAAUUAUAUACACCUGAUUGUGUGAAGUUUGUGAACCAUUAAGCGACAGGUCCUGAUCUUGUGACAAACAUUGCCUGUAAAAAGAAUAAAUGCAGUUCUCAGACCCCCUGCAUCCUCUCCUGCUGGGCCGCACAAUAAGCUUUAUUAUUUCUCCAUGAUUCACCGUAUAGACCCAGACAUGAAUAAAUACAGAACCGCCUGCUUCACAAACAACGUGAAGAGAUUACCAAAGAAAAAAGUUGUCAAGGGACUACCCCUGCAGUUUAUAAAUGUAAAUCUGGGUAUUCCCCUAAAAAUUAAAAGAAGAGGUUUUUAUGGCAGGUAACCUCGUCAAGUUCAUGCAUGUUGCGCAAUACAUGCAGCUUGGUGUGAACACGUACUUAUUUGGAAAACAGACGGCGAAGUUUGUUUCCUUAGGCGUAUUGUCCUGUUUUCACUCUUCGGGACACAAAAUAGACGCCCAGGAUAAACACCACCGCCACAAAACCCUUCCUGUUGAACACUUGACCUGAACAUACGACGACCCCUGAGGUCAUUAUUCUCUACAUUCAGUUGCCCCAGAUUGUCUAUUUUUAGUUGCAUUUGUUUGGGUUAAGUCUCCGCUCUGACUGUUCAUAUUUUCAAUGAAACAAUGAAAAUGUAUUGUGUAAGUUUUAUGUAUUAUUUUAAAAAGUCUUGAUGUAAAAAUGUAUUCUGUGUAAAGCCACUUUCAUCUGUAUAAAUGCAACAGCAUAAGAUUCCGUAGCAACACGCGUUCGAUAUGUAUGUUUUAUUCAUGUUGGCGAGCAGAGGUUCUUGAAAAGGUUUUAUGAAUAAAUUAUUAUGAGGCCAACUGCUGUCUUGACCGUUUAACGUAGUUUAUAUUAUGCUUUCCGGAUCAGUGUCGAGGAAGAGGAGAUAUGCAUGAUAGGAGGACUCUGCAUCUGCCCACAUUGAACACACAAGUGAUAAUUUAGGCCUUGGGGCUUAGUUAACGGCUUUUCCAUGCAGUCAUCCAUAGCAUAAAAAGUUGCUACCACUCACUGAAAUACGGCCGUUUCACA